ACGUGUAUCUUUUACUGUUUCUACCAGUUCGUUUUUAUGUGCAUGUGUGCGAGUGGCUGUGUGUUUGUGCUUUUGCUUUUCCGCUGGACGGGUGAAGUCAUUGAACACAGGCAGCCAUAAAACGUCGUUAUUGACAAAGGCUUUAGUCAGCGGCCAUUAUAGACCACAUUCUAAACGUACACUUGCCGAGACAUACAUACAUGCAUAUAUACAUACACGUAUGUAUGCACUACAUACCGACAUGCUUGCACCUAUAUGUCUAAUGCCAGUGUAGUUCAAGUGCAAAGGCGAAAAAAAGAACCAGCUAAGGCCAUACGAAACACAAUAAAAAAAAAGAAAAGAAAAGCUCACGCAACUGCCAACUCGCUUUGCAAUCUUUGGCUAAAUUUAGACAAAACCAAACAAGGCAUUGAGCAUAUAAAUCAACUCCAGCAGGAGCAGAAGCAACUACAACAACAACAGCAACAGAAGCGGUAGCAGCAACAGUAGCCUGAAGAUGGACAUAGAAUCCGAUUCGGACACUUCGGAGCGUUGGGAAGACUUUUUUGGCAGCUCCACAGAACUGGCACCUUCGCUGCUGGGCAUUUACGAUACAUUGACGAACAGCUUGGCAGCACACCAGCUUAAAAGUAACGGCAACGGCAACGACCACAGUGACGGGGACGCGAACGACGAAGAGACGCCCAAACGCAACUCCAGCAGCAGCUGCCACUCAAGUCAAAGCGACGAGCCUCAGAAGGGGAGCUACACUUUAGAGCAGAGAGCCGCAGAUGCAUUCGCGGCCUCGCUUCAGGUUGCCGGUCUGCGCGAGGAGCGAGACGGUGCGCAGCUGAGUCGGCUGGUCAAACCACAAGUCAGUGGCACGCCAAGGGCAUCGUCACUGAGCAGCCACAGCAGCAGCCUCAGCCUAACUUCAAACUCAUCGACGGGCAGUCGACGCGGCAAUCACAUCAUCGCAUUAUCCCCGAAUGUCCAGCGCAUUAUCACACAUGCCGAUGCUCCGCACGUGGACGCCAUUGACAUUGAGGCACUGCAGCAGAAGCAACUACUGAACAGUCCUUCGCAGAGUCCUGUGCCACAUUGUCGCUACAUCAAGAAGAGUCCGACGCCGGCAGCGACAUCAACGCCGAAGCAGCCAAAGCUCUCGCACAUACCGCUCUCGAAGAUCACGGGAAAGCUGUCCACGCAAUCUGGCAGCGAACUGGUGCAAACAUUUGAUUCUAGCACCGAGUAUUUGAAUUCCCUGUGCUUCGCCGAGAAGAGUUUUGCUGAGAAAAAGGCGCGCAAGUGCAAGUUGUCGGCACCGCCAACGCCAGCGGCUGUCCACAUACCAACUCUGGCCGAUGACGACAAAACGCCAACCAAUCCCAGUUGCCCCUUCACCUUCGACACGGCCCUGGGCCAGAAGACGCGCAAAUUAACGCUGCCCAGGUACGAGACCCAGCAGAGCAUAAAGCUGAUUGAGAUGGAGCAGUUGGCGGCGACAAGUACGCAGCUGCUGCAUGGAAAGCCAGCCACACCCACACCCACAACUACAACCGCAACCACCACUGCCAACAACAACAGCAACAGCAGUUGCACAAAAACAAGCAACAAUAAUGCUAAUGACAAUAACAACAGUGGCAGCAGUGGCGUGAAUACCACGCGCCCCAAGGAGUUUGUGGUGGCCACCGAGCCACUCAGUCCUGUAGAGCUCAUGGACACGAUUAACUUCGAUCUGGUUACACAACAUAUCGAGCAGCUGACUCUGUGCGAUCAAUUGGAGGCAGAGGCCCUGAACGAGACGGGGACGCAACUAAUCGAGGCCAUCAACAAGCCGCUGAUCUCCAAGCCCCUGGUACGCAGCUGUUCUGCGGCCUGUGCAAGCACCAUUUCCACCUCCCCGCUGCUCACAUAUGCGCGCACCAAAAGUCUGAAUGCCAAGGCCAACACGCUGGGCGGUGCUGUGCCCCUCAAGCUGCCCACCGCCGAGCAGCUGGCCGAGCUGGAGGAGGCCAACAAGCUGUCAGCCGAGAGUCUGGAUCGUCUCACAGAUAUCAAGCCAAAGUUUUUGCACAAGGAUGGGAGACGUUUGGGCGCUAAUGGAGCGCUCAUGCUACCCGAAAUUGCCAGGCUUAACAACCGACCGCUCUCCUCAUCUUCCAUCUGCUCCACAUCUUCCAGCUCCAGCUCCGGCUCGGAUCAGCUCAACGGCAAGCUAGCCACCUCCUAUCUGGCGAGUGUGGAAAGCUUGGCGGAGAGCGAAAACGAACUCGGCGAUCCGCACUCGGGACUGACAAUUUUUGAGCGCGCCUGCCUUGAAAUUGUGGACUCAGAACGCAGCUAUGUGGAGGAUCUGGGCCAGGUUAUCAAAGGCUAUCUGCACGACUGGAAGGAACGCGCCUGUCUGCGCAUAGACGAAUUGCAAAUACUCUUUGCCAACAUUGAAGAGAUUUACGAAUUCAAUGCGACUUUGCUGAAGCAACUAAUGAACUCCGGUAUGGAUCCGAACAAGAUCGCCAAAUGCUUCAUAAAUUUGCGCGAACGUUUUGAUGUGUACACAACCUACUGCACAAGUUACCCGGAAGCCAUAUCGUUGUUGACCAAACUGCUUCAGGCGACGCAUACGAACGCGCUGCUGGCCUCCACGCAGAAGAUGUUGGAGCAUCGCCUGCCGUUGGGAUCCUACUUGUUGAAGCCGGUGCAGCGUAUACUCAAAUAUCACUUGCUGCUGGACAGCCUGCGCAAGCAUUGCGAUGUCAAGGAAGUGUCCGAAGCAUAUUCCAUCAUGCGGCAAGUGGCUCAUAAUAUUGAUCAAGUUAAACGGAAUCAGGAGCAACAGAGUCGAGUCAAGGAAUUGUCUGGUAUAUUAGACGGCUGGUUGGGUCCAGAGCUUACUGUGCUGGGUGAAUUGAGACAGGAAGGCCUACUUAUGGAGCACAAUAAGCCGCGCCUGGUGCUGCUCUUUGCCACAAUGCUGAUCAUAACCAAGCAAAAGGAGGACGGUCGUCUGCAGUUCAAAAACUUUAUAUACCAAAAAAAUCUAAUGUUGAGUGAGCAUUUGCCUGGUGAGCCGACUAGCUUUUAUGUCAUACCCUUCGACGAGCCGCGCAAUCAAAUCAAACUGACGGCCAGAAAUCGUGACCAGAAGCGUGUCUGGACGCAGCACAUCAAGAGUGUCAUGCUCGAGCAGCUCGACAUACCGAUGCGCGCCAAGGAGCUGGUCUUUCAGCUGGGCAACGAGGAAGAUCGCACACCCGAUCGCAGCACCUGGAAAUGGAGUCUGCACUCCAACUCCUCCACGCCCACAUAUCUGGAGCGUCGCAAUGCCUGUCGUCGCAGCGAGAUCCGCAAUCGAAAUUCGAAAUUCAAGCGCAAGACCGUCACCAACUCGAGCUCCUUUGACAGUUUCAACGAGUCGCUGGAACAGGAGGCUGUCAAGCCAGCGAAGCCGCUGACCCGCAACAACAGCUUGGAUGAUACGGCUCUGCAGAAGCUCGCGGCAGCCGUGCGCUAUCGAAGCGGCAAGCGAGAGUCCAGGGAUGCUACUGCGAUCACUACGGUCGAGAAUGGAGAAAAGGCUAAUGGAAAGGCAGCAGCAGGGGAUGCAUCGCCAAGUAAGGACUGCAAGUGCAGCGAGGACGAGCAUUGCCUCUGCAUAUUGCGGGAUCAACGCGCAAGUCGUACCAAAUCACCAAUUUUCAGCUACAAGGCGCUCAAGGAGCGCAGCAAGUCGGUGCCCCGCAUAAGUCAGAGCGUGGAAGAGGACCUGGAUGAGGACAGUGCCUCGCUACGUGGCAGCAAACCCAAUCUGAGCGAGCGCAAGGUCAAGGGAAAGGGACUCCUCGAGGUCAAGCAAUACAAUCACAAGACAAUGCCCAAGCGUAUUGCCAACUUGAAAAAGCAGCGCUGCAGCAAGAAAGAGACUUGCAAGUUCUACAUGGAUCUCAGCGAGUUCGAGAGCAGCAGCGCUACGGUGCUGAAAAUUACCGAAUCGACCGAGGAUGUUCGGGGGUCAAGAAAGCUCGAGGUAGAGCUGGCCGAGGAGGCUCAGGAGACUACGGCAGUCGAUGCGGAGCAAGAGCAGCAAAGCACCCCCAUAUACGAGACGUUGUCGCCGGCCGAGAAAUCCAAACGUGAUGCACAGGUCAUACUGGACCUACUAAAGAACAAUAAGGAAUUCGAACGCAUCUACAAUAAGCAGCAGAAGAGACGUGAAAGCAACUCAACUUCUACGACCCCCCUCAGCCCGUUGAGCCCCACACAGGAGCUAAGACUGCCACCACGUCCGCCAUCACGUUCGCCCCCACCGCUGGAGUUGGAGCAGCAAGAGCAGUCCGACCAACCUUGUGACCAGGAGCCCGUCAGCGAAGAGCCCAUCUAUGAGACAUUGCUGCGCAACGUGCAUGUACCCUAUAAGUUCUCCCCAGUGCUGGGUCGCGCCAAAUCGGGUCAGUACUUCAAGGCACGUCAGAAGAAAUCCACAGCCCCAGCGGCACGACCCGAUUCCGACUAUGUGACACUCGUCUACUCGCCGGAAGGCGUCCUCCAACGCGUAGGCGAAGAUGUAGUGACACGUCAGCAUAGCAGCUACGAGCUUCAGCGCGACAGCACCGACUCCAACAGUUCCUCCGGGUCGACGGUGAAGCGGGAUAGCCAGAAUACGGUGAUCAACCUUUCGCUGGACUCCAGCUCUCAGAGCAACUUGUCGCAGGGUGAGAACACAGUUCAGAGCGAAGCACCUCAUCCGCGACCCAUUCAGAAGAAUAUAAUGAAGCGCCUUCUCAGCAGCAGUAGUUACAGCAGCAAAACAUCACUGGAGAACGUGUCCAGCUCGGAGCUCUCAUUACUUCCCCGUGCCCUCAAGUCCAUUGAUAACUUGAGCAUGGCCUUCGGGCGCUCAAAUAGGCCACCCGAGCGGCGAGUCUCUGACGUCAGCGAAAUGUGCCGCCAGAGUAUCCUGCAUCGUCAGGGCAGCGAGGCAGUGGGCGAGCGUAUGGCUCAUGUGGACUACGCCGAUCCCAAGACACUGUUUAGCAUCGUGGCCAGCUCGGAGGCAUCCCUGCAACGCGACUCGGUCUUCUCGCUCACGUCCUCCAGCGACAGCAUGUGCGAGCAGCAGCGCAAGCGCUCAGCUGCCGAGCUGCCAACGAACUUCGAGUACGAGCAGGAUGUGGAGGAUAAUCUGGAAAAGGAUUUUCGAGACUCGGCCAUUUAUAGCGAUGACAAUGAAAAGCGUAGCGGAGACUAUAACAUGAAGCGGCCCCAAAGCCCACCACCGCCGCCUCCCCCAUCGCGCAACUCGCAGCAACCGCCACAGAUAGCCCCAAAACCAACAAAGGCCACGCUACAUGAUCUUUCCAGUGUCAUUGUUUGUCCGUCGCACAUGAGCCCAGCGGCAUCCCGUAGCUGGGUGCUCCAGCAGAUCGAGAACUUUAGCAAGUAAGCGCUAGCUGUGGAUCCCAUAUAAGUUGUUACUAGGAUUUUUCCAACUUCCAAUGACCGCUUGCCAUAAAUGUUUUGUAAUGUUUUGUAUAUACUCGUAUCUAUGUAUGUUCUUAUACCACGUAUCAAUAACUAUUAUAGUAAGCUGCCUAGUUAUAGUAGUUCAGUCACCGACUGUUUUAAAUAGUAUUUCGGAUUAAUAGAAAAGUCAUUUAAUA